UUUCUUCACCUGAGAGACAGUCAAUGGGAAUUUCAUGGCUACAAAGACCGGAAGAACACGAUUUAGGCUACCUGCCUCCAGGGCCAGUACCAGAAAGGCACGUCCUUGGUUCAGAAGGAAAUUGAGAAGAAAGCUUUCUCUCCGGCACCCCAACCAAUACCCAGCGGCCCCGCCCGGCCAGGACCAGGGUCCGGAGGAUGCUGCAGCAGCGGAGGUGGGGCCCGCAGGCAAACACCAGCGCCCCCCUCGCAGAUCGGGAGCAACCGAGGCCAGGAAGCCUAUUCUCCGGCACUCCCGCCAACGAUCAGCGGCCCCGCCCGGCCAGGACCAGGGUCCUCAGGAUGCUGCAGCCGCGGAGGUGGGACCUGUACGCAAAGGCCCGCGCUCCCCUCGCGGAUUGGGCACAACCAGGACAGGAUCUUCGCGAUUGGCCAGUCGCAGUGCAGAGGUGGGGCCUGAUUCCUGCAUUGGGGCCUCGGGGACACAGCCAAAGCCAGAGAAGCUGCAGCUGGGGGCGAUGGCCGCUCCAAGCCCUGGGCCCCGCGAGAUCCCCGCCCCUUCCCUGGAGGUUGGAAGCAGGGCGGUUGUCCCAGGGGAUCGCCGAGGCCUCUUGUGGCGUGGCCUUCGAGACAAGCACAAUCGAGUGGGCCUGUUUGAGAUCAAUCCAGGGCAUGAGCUGCACAGGAUGACACGCAUGAUGCAGGAAGGGCUGUGGGCUGCCACCGAGGUCUUCAAGGAGAACCCACCCAAGGGACCUCCCACCCAGAAGGAUUUCUCGGAAGUCAUGACCCAGGUUCACGAAGAGGGCUUCGAGCUGUGCACCCUGGCUGGCCCAGCUUUUGCUCGCCUGAGGCGAUACCUAGGCCUAACUGAAGAGGACUAUCAGGCUACUCUGGGCCCCCGUGGCCCCUACCUUCAAUUUCUCAGCACUUCCAAGAGCAAAGCCAGCUUCUUCCUGUCUCACGACCAGCGCUUCUUUCUAAAGACCCAGAGACGCCACGAAGUGCAGGUGCUCCUCGCCCACCUGCCCCGCUAUGUGCAGCACCUUCUUCGGCACCCACACACGCUGCUGGCACGGUUGCUGGGAGUGCACAGUCUGCGGGUGGCUCAAGGGAAAAAGAAGUACUUCAUCAUCAUGCAGAGCGUCUUCUACCCUGUCAGCCGCAUCUCUGAGAGGUAUGACAUCAAGGCCUGCGAGCAGAGCCGAUGGGUGGAGCCAGUCCCCGAGGGCAGCCCCCUUCUCCUGGUGCUGAAGGACCUCAACUUUGAGGGAAAGACCAUUCGCCUGGGGUCCCAGCGGAGCUGGUUCCUCCGCCAGCUAGAGCUGGACACCACCUUCCUGCGGGACCUGAAUGUGCUGGACUACAGUCUCCUGGUGGCCUUUCAGCUUCUCCACGAAGACGAAAAGGACCGGUUCAGCAUUUUCCGCACUUUCAGACCGCGAAAUGGAGGCUCACAGGGUGAAGGGGGUGAGAGAGACCAUUCAGCAAUAAAUGCUGGAACCAGCCUGAGCCAUGCCUUGUGCCUGGGAAUUUACAGUCUUGGCCACCCAGCUCCUAUAGUCCUAGCCUUAUACUCUGGCGAAGGGGGAGAGUGGAGUCUCUACCCGCUUGUCCCAAUGGGGGGAACUAGUCCAGGGGUUUUAUGGUGCAGGUUAGGAGCAAGACCAGCCCUGGACACUAGGCCUCCCAAUUCCCAGCUCUGAUUAAGGCUCCACAGUGGCCCUCUAGGAGACAAGUGGGUAAAGAUGAGGGAGGCAGAGGAAAGGCCUUCAUGGAAUUGGUGUGUGUGUGGGUCCUCAAAGGUCACUGUUGAUCUUGAAUGACAGGAAGUCUCAGUAGCUAGUCUGGUGAUUUUGGAAUAGCCUAUAGAACCCCUAACCACCUCUUUUCCUUCUUCUGGGAAACCAACAUGGCCUGUGACUCCAAUCUGAUUCAAUUUUGCUCAAUGGCCUUUUCUUCCAAAGUGUUCUAGAGCUUGCUGUUUUUUAGGGCAUGGUGCUAACCCCCUGUGCCUCUGUAGUCUAAUGUGUGAAUAGAAAGCACACACACAACCCUCAGGAACACAUUGACACUGCCUGGACAGCUAUCCUACAAUAGGUGCUCUCCUGGGAUACAUAGAUCUAGGGAGAAGCCUGGGGUCAAAGUCCUGGAGAAAUGAACCAUUACCAAAUCACCUCACUGGUGGUCAGGAGGAACAGACCUUAACUUCUGAGACCAGAAGGGUUACACGUGUCCCUGUUGGGUCCCAGGCCAAGGGCACAGUGACGGACCUGAAACUUGGGAGAAAAGAAACAUCUGUGAUGGAUGAUUGUAAUAGAGUCCUCAAGAGCCCUGAAAAAGGGGAGGUCAGGUAUUUGUUGGGGAGUCACUCUCGAAUGACAAUUAAGGUAGGGAACUGCCAUGGUCUUCUGCUGAAAGCUGUGAUUUGAUGUGCCACCACCAUCCAAGAGAGUGAGAACAAGCUUCUGCUCCCCCUUAUCUGUUCACAUGUAGCACUGAGACCACACCUUAAUGGGUCAGUACCCUAUUGGCUGAAUGAGUUCCCACAACAAUUCCCCUUUUUAUCUAAAUCAGAGGGUUCUAAACCUAAUACAUAACUAUAUACAAUAAGAGCAAGUAUUGUCCAGGAGAAAGAAAAGGUUAAAAAACAAAAAAACAUACACUUAGAACUAUAAUCAACAGCAUCAAGCAAGAAACACACACUAAAUGCUCAGGCUGUAGGUAAUUGGCAAAUAACAGAGAUUAUUCCAAUAGCUGUCCUAUGCUGAGGAGACUAAGUCUUGUACCUAAAAUGCCUUAGCUAAGAUACAAGAGGAUAGUGACUGUGACUUAUCUAGUCUUCAACCCCAUCAAAGACCUGAGAAGGAAAAUAUUACCUGAGUAAGCAAGAAGUGUAAGCAGGUGACUUCCAAAAGGUGCAAGAAAUGACAGAAACAGCUGGCUGCCUGGACAGUCUCCCAAGGUCUCACGGUAACAUAGGGGCAACCAACUUUGGCUAAGGCCUAGACUAUCUAACAGACCAUAUUUAGAAGAAGGAAGAUUCGAAAGACUGUCUUAUCCUGACUUGGCAAGGUUUAGCAGUUGCUUAGCUUGUAUCCUGCUUGUCCAGUUUGGACAGUGUGCCUACUGUCAUCAAGAAGUAGCGUUGUGGGGCUGUGGGGGUGAGGGAUACCCCCCAAGACUGGCCAGGCAGGACCCUGGAAAUGCCUCUCAAUAACUGUUCUGCUGACCCAUCAGAUAUGGCCAGACUUUGAAAAGUGACUGGUGGGAGAGGGCAGGGAGGGGAGAGCACAAGAGGCUGGCUUCAUUGGAACAUUCCAGGAAUUGGCACUUUUCAAAAAGACACGUGGCUGUUCUGGGCGUUCUUAGAUGAUUAUUACUCUGUGCUGGCACAGCUGCAGGGAUUUCCUCUUGGUUGGCAGGAAGUUGAGAAAUAAUGUUCGGCUUCUGCUGCCACCCAGAGGUGUCCACACAGGAACGUAGGAAGGUAGCAGGUGCCAGACUCAGACCUGGGACCUGCUGCCACAUCUGGGGUCUGACUCCCAUGGGAUUGAGCUUGAUCUCAGAGCCCUGAAGUCACAUACAAAGGUGACAACCACCCUUCUGGCAGGGAACCUUGACAAGGCCUGAGGCUGAGAGGGAAGUCACUGCAGAGACCCAGGACGGCUGGCUCUCCUGCCUUGUUAUUUUUUUGAGUGGGUGCUGUGGGUGACUGAGAACAUCACACACACAGCUGAGUCUAACAGUACAUGUGCAUGAGAACAGAGGAAUGAUUCACAGAGUGACUUCACGGUGCACAGCUGGGGAGUGGGGUGGGGUGGCUAAUGCCUGUAACCCCAGCAUUUGUGGAGCUGAGCAGGGUCCCAGACUAGCCUGGAGUGUGCUGGUGGGUUUUCAAAUCAACACAGAGGAGGGUCAUCUGGGAAGGGGAAACCUCAGUUGAGGAACUGCCUCUAUCAUAGACCUAUAGGCAUGUCUUUGGGGGGCCUUUCUUCCUUCUCCCUUCCUUCUUUCCUUCCUUCCUUCCCUCCCUCCCUCUCCUCCUGUUCCUGCUCCUCCUCCUCCUCCUCCUCCUCCUCCUCCUUCUUCCUUCUUUUUUUUUGAUUAAUGGCUGAUGUGGCAGGCCCAAGCCUCCCCUGGGCAGAUGUUCCUGAGUGGUAUAAGAAAGGUGGUUGAUGCUGGGUGGUGGUGGAGCACAAGCCUCUGAUCCCAGCACUCAGGAGACAGAGACAGGCGGAUCUCUGUGAGUUCAAGGUCAGCCUGGUCUACAGAUCUAGUUUCAGGACAGUCAUGGCUGUUACACAGAGAAACCCUGUCUCAAAAAUCAAAAUGAGAGAGAGAGAGAGAGAGAGAGAGAGAGAGAGAGAGAGAGAGAGAAUGGUGGUUGAAUGUGAACCUGAGGAGAAAGCCAGUGAGCAGCACUCCUCCAUGACUUCUGCUUCAGUUCCUGCCUCCACGUUCUUGCCUUGAGUUCCUGCCCUGACUUAACCUCAGCAAUGUGCUGCGAUGUGGGAAGUAUGAGCAGAAAUAAACUUUU